UAGUGGUGAGAGUAGAAAAAGAAAGAAUGUCGAACGCCGUGGCGAAUGGGCUGGCUGGCGCCGGAGGUGGUAUCAUUGCCCAGAUUAUCACUUAUCCUCUCCAAACUGUCAACACGCGCCAGCAAACCGAGAGAGUCGCCAAGCAAUCCUUAGAUACUUCCAAACGCCUCGGCACUCUUCUCCAAAUCCUCCAGGUCAUCAGAACCGACGGUUGGGGAGGACUCUACAGCGGCCUCAAGCCGUCUCUGCUCGGCACUGCUGCUUCACAGGGCAUUUAUUACUAUUUUUAUCAAGUGUUUAAAAACAAGGCUGAGGCUAUAGCUGCUGCCCGUAAACUCAAAGGACGUGGGGAUGGAACUAUUGGGAUGUUUUCUUGGCUUACUGUGGCAGCCUUGGCUGGUUCCUUGAACGUGCUGCUGACAAUUCCUAUAUGGGUUCUGGUGACUCGUAUGCAGACACAUACUCAAGCCGAGAGAAAAAUCAUGGAGGAAAGAAAGAACGCUCUGUUGAGGGAAGCUUCUGAAAACGGUUUGACAGAUUCCGAAUUACAACACAAAUUGGAUGAACUUGAUUCAAUAAAACCUCGUCCUUAUGGAACUUUGCAAGCAGUACACGAGGUUUAUACUGAAGCCGGAAUUACUGGAUUUUGGAAAGGCAUUGUUCCAACACUCAUUAUGGUUUGCAACCCAUCAAUACAGUUCAUGAUUUAUGAAGGCUCGUUAAAGCGUCUUAGAGCAAAACGUGCUGCCAGCAAGCAGGGAAAGAAAAAUAUAACUGCUUUAGAGGUUUUCUUGUUAGGGGCCUUGGCAAAACUAGGAGCAACUGUCACAACAUAUCCAUUGUUAGUUGUCAAGUCAAGAUUGCAAGCUAAGCAGGAGAUUGGUGGGAAUGUUUCACUAAGAUACUCAGGUACUUUUGAUGCCAUAUUGAAGAUGAUCCAGUACGAAGGAUUGCCUAGCUUUUACAAAGGGAUGAGCACAAAGAUAGUACAGAGUGUUUUUGCAGCUUCUGUACUUUUUAUGGUCAAGGAGGAAUUUGUCAAGGCUUACAUGUUGCUGGAAGAUGAAUGCAACAAAGUUCUGUUUAGUUCAGCAAAAUGAUUGCUUCACAAUAUAGAAUUUGCAUGUCUGAGGAUGCACGUAAACGUACCUGGGAAUAGGACAGGUCAGGUAGAUCUUUUGCUGGAAGCAUCUCUAUAAGCAAUUUGUAAAAGAGCACUAUAUACUUGCCAGGUUUGCUCAGUUGAGGACCUGGGUUGCUUCUCUACUGCAGCUAAUAUUUGUAAGGCACCACAUAGUCCCACUGAUUGAGUAUUUCUGCAGAAGUAAUUACAUGAGUCCAAUGUUGUAAAAAUGUUCUCUUAUAUAGGUGUACAAAUUGAUUUAUGUAUAAUUGUAAUGAAAAUUAUUG